AUGACCAUCGUCACCAACAACUACACAACACCACGGACCUCGUCACCAACAUCUACACAACACCACGACAAUCGUCACCAGCAUCUACACGGCAACGCCACGAACAUCGUCACCAGCAUCUACAUGGCAACGCCACGAACAUCGUCACCAACAUAUACAUGGCAACACCACGAACAUCGUCACCAACAUCUACACGACAACACCAUGAACAUCUUCACCAGCAUCUACACGGCAACGCCACGAACAUCGUCACCAGCAUCCACACGGCAACACCACGACCAUCGUCACCAACAUCUACACUUCACCACGAACAUCGUCACCAACAUCUACACGGCAACACCACGACCAUCGUCACCGACAUCUACACGACAGCACCACGACCAUCGUCACCAACAUCUACACGACAACACCACGACCAUCGUCACCAACAUCUACACAACACCACGACCAUCGUCACCAACAUCUACACGACAACACCACGACCAUCGUCACCAACAUCUACACGACACCACGACCAUCGUCACCAACAUCUACACGACAACACCACGACCAUCGUCACCAACAUCUACACGACAACACCACGACCAUCGUCACCAACAUCUACACGACACCACGACCAUCGUCACCAACAUCUACAUGACAACACCACGGCCAUCGUCACCAACAUCUACACGACAACACCACGAACACCGUCGCCUACAUCGUCACUGA